UCCCAUCGAUCGAUUGGAUUCCCCAACACGCAAGGAUCCUCGGAGGAGCUGGAGCUGGCGGAGUCUACUAAGCUGGAGGAGGAGCCGCCGCUCGGCCGCCUCGGCGCCGACCCACCAGCAGCAGCAGCAGGGACCGAGACCGAGACCGAGACCGAGGAGCAGCGCAACAAGUUCCUGGUGCUCCGGCUGUACGAGGCGCUCAACGGCCGCGACCACGCCGCCGUGCAGGCCCUCCUCGCCCCCGACCUGGAGUGGUGGUUCCAUGGCCCGCCCAAGCACCAGCACCACAUGAUGCGCGUGCUCACCGGAGGAGGAUCCAACAACAGCUUCAGCUUCGUGCCGCGCUCCGUGGACGCCUUCGGAUCCACCGUCAUCGCCGAAGGGCCUCCCGCCGACCAGAGGAGGGUCGCCGCCGGUGUGUACUGGGUGCACGCCUGGACCGUGGGCCCGGAUGGGGUGAUCACCCAGCUGCGAGAGUACUUCAACACCGACCUCACCGUCACCCGCCUCGCCGCCAGCAAGUGCAUCUGGCAGAGCCGCCGACCCGACAGGGCAACAAACUCGCUCCCGGGCCUCGUCCUCGCACUCUGAAACACAACCAACCCUUUGCCUGCUUGCUUCUGAAUCCAUCGCGUCCGCAUCAUCAUCGGAUUGGAUGGGCUGAAGGACAGGCCAAGUCAUCAUACAGUAAUUACCUCGUACUGUUUAUUACUACGUGUUUCAGGGUCAUCUAUCGUCGUCUCUAGUACUAUACUGGCGUGCUUGGAGCUAGCUAGUGUCAAUAAUGAAGAUGGAUAAUCGCCUGCCACCAUCA